AUGAUGAAACCAGUGACAAAUCAAGUGCUUUUGAAGAUACGCUACCCCAAGCUGUUAAGCAAAAAAAUCCCCGCUUCCGCCCUCCGCUCUACUCCGCCCCACCGCCGUCGCUCCUCAUCGCUGCUGUGUUCUGCCGGUUGCCACCGUUUUGACAGAGGAUGCCAUAACAAGUUAAAACAAAUGAUGGAUUUCCACAUAAAUGAAGUAAAAAGUGAAGAAAACGAAGUAAACAGUGAUGAAGGACAUUCUGUUAUCAACACUACAUCACCAUUUUCCACCAACAUGGUGUUCAAUUCUAGUGAAGAUUUAAAGAAUUGGGCCCAAAAUGUCGCACGUUCUCUAGGUUAUGUUAUUGUUACAAGAAGAUCCAAGCCUAAUCUAGUUGUACUAAUGUGUGAUCGUGGUGGUAUAUACACAAGUAAAAAUUCCUCUCGGAAAAAUAUUUUUUCAAAAAAAAUAAAUUGUCCGUUUAAUUUGGCGGCAAAAUACUCGAAGGCGAAUGAUUUUUGGAUGCUAAGGGUGAUAUGUGAUGAACAUAAUCAUGGACCUGCAGAGCGUAUGGAGGGUCAUGCAUAUGCAAGACGACUGUCUGAUGAAGAAACUCGUUUGGUGGAAGAAUUGACAAAAAAGAAUGUUAAACCGAUGGAUAUUCUAUUAGCAUUGAAGGAACAAAAUAAAAAUAACGUGUCUUCUUUACAAACCGUAUACAAUGCGCGCCAAAAAUUUCUAAAAAGUUUAAAGGAGAAAGAUGCAUCACAAACUAUGGUUUGUGAUAUCGAUGCUCAUACGUAUGAUGAGUGUUUGAGAAAUAAUCGUGUUGAUCCACCAAUUGAAAAACCCUUUAGACAAAGUUGUUUGAAAAAGGAAAGUGUUUUGGGGAAUUUUGAACCCUUGAGACAUGGUUCUUGUUCAUGUUCGUGUUCGUACAUUAAUCAAUUCCCGAAUAUGUUUGAGAGGUACAUAACGGAAGUACAAGAUGUAAAAAGUGAUGGAAAUUGUGGAUUUCGAGCAAUAGCUGUUUGUCUUGGUUUUAAUGAAGAUGCAUGGCCUACAAUUCGAUCGGAUUUAAUGGAUGAGUUAAACACACACAAGAAAGAAUAUGACGAGAUUUUUGGAAGGGAAUGUCGAUUACAACUUCAUGACUCUUUGAAUUUCUUUCGUACAGAUAUAGAUGCGACAUUUGAGUAUUGGAUGACUUUGCCUGAUAUGGGGAUCUUGAUUGCUUCAAGAUAUAACGUGGUAUUACAUUGUUUAAGCGUUGGAGAUAGCAUGACAUAUUUACCGCUUUGGUCUACUCCACCAACUUGGCAUGAACGUGUUGCUAUUGCAAUUGGACUUGUUAAUGUAAACCAUUAUGUCAAAUUAACAUUACACGCAGGGUACCCGAUGCCUCCUAUUGUGCCUCAAUGGACUCGUUAUAGACAUGAGUGUGCAUCUUCAUGGGUUACUCCGUAUGUUACUCAACUAGACAUGUAUAAUCAAUGUUAUCAUUCUCAUUGUAAUUUUGAAAAAAUUACUAAAGAUAUUUAAAGACG